AUGGCGCGUAUCCGUAAUAUUGGCAUUAGUGCGCACAUAGAUUCCGGGAAGACGACACUAAGCGAGCGUAUUUUGUUCUACUCUGGUCGUAUCGCUUCGAUUCACGAAGUUCGAGGCAGUGAUGGUGUAGGCGCCAAAAUGGACUCCAUGGACCUAGAACGCGAACGCGGCAUCACUAUACAAUCUGCUGUAACUAACUUCAAGUGGUAUUUGAACAAUUCGUCUGAUGGUGCUUCCAAUGAAUAUGCCAUCAACAUCAUUGAUACUCCUGGGCACGUCGACUUCACGAUAGAAGUUGAGCGUGCGUUACGCGUACUUGACGGCGCUAUAUUGUUAUGCUGCUCUGUUGCAGGCGUACAAUCGCAAACUCUGACAGUCAAUAUGCAGAUGGAUCGCUACAAUAUCCCACGUAUUGUUUUCUUGAACAAGAUGGAUCGCGACGGUGCCGACCCUGAUAGGGUAAUAGAAAUGAUUCGUCAAAAGUUGAAUAUCGAUCUUUUGCAACUUCAGGUCCCUAUAGGAGUUUCUAAUCGAUUUGAGGGCCUUGUGGACGUUCUAGAGGAAUGUGCGUACUAUUUUGACGGCCCCAAUGGGCACCGGGUAGUUAAAAAAGAGGUCCCCGAGGAAUAUUUAGAUUUGUUACGCUCUAAGAAGGUAGCUCUGACGGAGAAGUUGGCUGAUUUGGAUGAUGAAUUUGCCGAAGAGUACCUCGAAAAUAGAUAUACGAUUGAUUCCCUCCGUGCGGCCAUAAGACGAUGCUGUUUGUUGCGCAAGGCAUACCCUCUGCUCAUGGGUUCUGCAAAAGGGAACAAGGGUGUCCAACUAGCUAUUGAUGCAGUGUGCCAUUACUUACCGUCGCCAUCUGAUGUGGUACAGCAUGGUUACAUCACCGACGAUGAGACUACAGAACUUGAAGGUGGUACCAAACAACCUUUGGUGGCCUAUGCGUUCAAGAUUCAGGACAGUCCUAUGGGACAACUCACAUUUUUGCGUAUAUACCAGGGUAUACUUCGCAAGGGACAGCAACUUUACUUAGUGGAGGAAAACAAGAAACACUCCACCAAAAAAUUGUUCAAGAUGCACGCUAGCGACACAGAGGAUGUUUCUGAAGCUUGCAGUGGAGACAUAGUGGCAAUCUCAGGUUUAAAGUGCAACUCUGGUGUAACAUUUACUGAUGGUCGUUUACAACUAACAAUGGCCCCUAUAUUCGUCCCGGAACCUGUAGUCUCACUUGCCCUGAAAAAGGUGGACACGAGCGACAUGGCGCGUUUGUCUAAGGCACUGCACCGGUUUAAGCGAGAGGACCCUACUUUCCGUAUUUCAGUAGAUGAGGAGAGCAAAGAAACUGUCAUGAGCGGUAUGGGUGAGCUGCACCUUGGCAUUUACGUGGAGCGCAUGAAACGAGAGUACAACCUGACGGUCGAGACUGGGCCCCCUAUAGUGAACUAUCGUGAAUCCGUGACGAGACGGGUCGACUUUUCUUAUACUCACAAACGGCAAUCUGGUGGAGCGGGCCAAUACGGCAAGAUUGUAGGGUAUAUAGAACCGAUUGGUGAGGAUGCAAACCAGCACUUGCACGUCGAGUUCGUGAAUAACCUAGUGGGAAACGACAUACCCCCGAAUUACGUACCGCACAUCGAGAGCGGUUUUCGUGAAUGUUGUAAAAAGGGGCUUGUAUGCGGUCGUCAGGUGGUGAACACAAGAAUAGUUGUGAACGAUGGCCAGUCUCAUGAGGUGGAUUCGUCUGACAUCGCAUUCAAGCUCGCUGCCAAGGGCGCUUUCGACGAAUGUUACAUGGACACCAAUCCUAUUGUUUUGGAACCGGUUAUGCAGGUAGAGGUCGUUACUCCUCACGAAUUUCAAGCAUCAGUGUUAUCUACCAUCACGAAACGCAAGGGUCUGGUGACUGACACAUCUUCAUACGGCACUAACGUCAUUUUGCAAGCUCAAGUUGCACUUCGUAACAUGUUCGGGUACAUUACGGACCUACGUGCAGCUACCAAAGGGCAAGGAGAGUUCACUAUGGAAUUCAAGCUCUAUCAGCCCAUGAACGCCUCGGACCAGGAAGCGUGUUCAAAGGAGUACCGGGAGAGCCUUAAAAAAUGA